AUGUUUAAAUGUUUAUUGUUGAUGUAUACUAUAACAAUAGUUAUUGGAAGAAGACGUGCUGAGAACAUUCAUCGUAUAGAUACAUUAAUAUUAAUGAUAUUUGUUAUUCUUCUUGUACUCAUCGUUCUAACUGCUUGGUUCUUUAAACAUCAUCGUUUUCGUUUCAUACAUGAAACUGGUUUAACACUUUGUUACGGGCUAUUAAUAGGAUUAUUAUUGCGUUAUACGAAUAUUGGUGUAAUUGAAAGUGAGACGAUUAACGUUAUACAAGAAAAUGGUUCUGUACUUCUCGAGCCUCCCGAUUAUCUUCGUCUUGAGGUGAAACCUCCUUCAUCACCGAAAGUUCAGUUCCAUUACGAACUAAUCGAAGGCUUUUUUGGUGAUAAAAAGGAACAAAUAGAGCAUCAAGUUGAACAAAAAGCAGUUUUCUCACCAGAAAUGUUUUUCAAUUUGCUAUUGCCACCAAUAAUUUUCAACGCUGGUUAUGGUCUGAAAAAGCGGCAUUUUUUUCGAAAUAUUGGCAGUAUUUUAACAUUCGCUUUUUUGGGAACAACAAUAUCAGCUAUCAGCAUAGCCGUAAUUAUGUUCGUUUUUUGUUUGGUUUUUGCUACUUCUUUCUCAUUCAAGGAACUUCUUUUCUUUGGAGCUUUACUAUCUGCUACUGAUCCAAUUACUGUUCUUGCGGUUUUCCAAGAAAUGCGAGUUGAAGCCGAUCUUUUUGCAUUGGUUUUCGGUGAAAGUGUAUUAAAUGAUGCUGUUGCGAUUGUUUUGUCAAGUUCAGUGGAUUCGUUUUCGUCGCCAACAUAUUUCGAUUUUCGUGCGCUUCUUGAAUCCAUUGUCAAUUUCUUAACCGUCUUUUUUGGUUCGUUGUUUCUCGGUUCCUUUAUUGGAUGUGCGAAUUCUUUAAUAACUAAAUUAACCGUUAUCCACGAAUUUCCACUUCUUGAAUCGGCUUUAUUUAUUUUAUUGUCUUAUUUAUCAUUCCUUUUGGCUGAAUUUGUGCAACUGACAGGUAUUGUUGCUGUAUUGUUUUGUGCUAUAUGUCAAGCCCAUUACACCUUUAACAAUCUCUCAGUCGAAUCGCAAAUAAGAACGAAACAAUUUUUCGAAGUUGUCGGCUUUCUUAGUGAAAGUUUCACCUUUUGCUAUAUUGGUGUCAGCGUAUUUAUUUCGCAUAGUCAAAAAUGGAAUAUUUUAUUCUUAGUCGCUACACUGGUCUCUAUAAUUGUUGCUCGUGCAGCGUUUGUAUAUCCGCUAUGUGCAUUUCUCAAUCUCCGAAGAGUCCCGAAAAUUCCAGUGAAUUACCAGCAUAUGCUUUUUUUCUCCGGACUUCGAGGCGCAAUGGCUUUUGCUUUAGCUCAUAGGAACACAGCUACCGAUAAUCGGCAAAUAAUGGCUACUACCACUUCCACAAUUGUUUUAAUUACCGUUCUUUUCAACGGUGGAUUGGCUUCGUGGAUCAUUGAGAAGCUUUCUAUUAAGUUGUUUUUUGGUUUAGAUAUUUUUUAUUUAAAUAAAAAUGAUGAAAGUGUGGAUCAUUUAGAAGGCCUUGAUACAGCAUCAUCAAGAGCAAGUGGCCAGAAUCCAUGGGACAAAGCAUUCUUGCCCAGAAAAUGGUAUAAUUUCGAUGCAGUAUUUAUGAAACCUUUUCUAACACAUGCUAAUCCAUCUUUAAUGGAAACGAUGCCAUCAUUCUUUAUGCCUAUUGCAAAAAUAUUUACUACUGAACGACAAAUGGCUUUAGUUAUCGGAAAUUUACCUUAUAAUGCGAUAAUUCUUGUCAAAAUCUUUGGUGUUGUAAAUAUUUAUUAUUUAUUAUUCAUGAAGAAGAAUCUCUUGAUAUCUUCUUUUUCUUCUAACAUUAUCCAUCAUUUCUGGUUUGGUUGA